AUGCAGACCGCACCUAGUCCUUUUCUUGCCGCGGUUCUUCCUCUCAGAGCGGCUGCAGCUACUUUCUCAACUCCGGCAGUGGGUACUGCCUGCUCUCAGGGAGCCAUCGCAGCGCAACCCAAUGGCCUGGCUGAUCACGAGACCCAAGACAGCGAGUAUUCUGAAGCUGCAACCGCCACUCUCUCUCCCUCCUCCGCCUAUGGCAAUGCGGCGAGUGAGCAUCUCACCGCCGCCACUCAGUUAAACGCCGGCCUCCCCUCCGCCUACGCCUCUCUUUCAGCUGCAGCCGCCACUCCCUCCCCCUCCUCCACCUAUGGCAAUGCGGCGAGUGAGCAUCUCACCGCCGCCACUCAGUUAAAUGCCGGCCUCCCCUCCGCCUCCGCCUCAGCUGCCGCCGCCACCCUCUCUCCCUCCUCCGCCUAUGGCAAUGCGAGUGAGCAUCUCACCGCCGCCACUCAGGUCAAUGCCGGCCUCCCCUCCGCCUCCGCCUCCCUCUCAGCUGCAGCCGCCACCCUCUCUCCCUCAUCCGCCUAUGGCAAUGCGGCGAGUCAGCAUCUGACUGCUGCCACUCAGUUAAACGCCGGCCUCCCCUCCGCCUACGCCUCUCUUUCAGCUGCAGCCGCCACUCCCUCCCCCUCCUCCGCCUAUGGCAAUGCGGCGAGUGAGCAUCUCACCGCCGCCACACAGUUAAACACCGGCCUCCCCUCUGCCUAUGCCUCCCUUUCAGCUGCAGCCGCCACCCUCUCUCCCUCCUCCGCCUAUGGCAAUGCGAGUGAGCAUCUCACCGCCGCCACUCAGGUCAAUGCCGGCCUCCCCUCCGCCUCCGCCUCCCUCUCAGCUGCAGCCGCCACCCUCUCUCCCUCAUCCGCCUAUGGCAAUGCGGCGAGUCAGCAUCUCACUGCCGCCACCCAGUUAAACGCCGGCCUCCCCUCCGCCUACGCCUCUCUUUCAGCUGCAGCCGCCACUCCCUCCCCCUCCUCCGCCUAUGGCAAUGCGGCAAGUCAGCAUCUCACCGCCGCCACACAGUUAAACACCGGCCUCCCCUCCGCCUACACCUCCCUUUCAGCUGCAGCCGCCACCCUCUCUCCCUCCUCCGCCUAUGGCAAAUGCGACAUUGCUCCACCGCCUCCACAUCAGUUAAACACCGGCCUCCCCUCCGCCUACACCUCCCUUUCAGCUGCAGCCGCCACCCUCUCUCCCUCCUCCGCCUAUGGCAAUGCGAGUGAGCAUCUCACCGCCGUCCACUCAGUCAAUGCCGGCCUCCCCUCCGCCUCCGCCUCCCUCUCAGCUGCAGCCGCCACCCUCUCUUCCCCAUCCGCCUAUGGCAAUGCGGCGAGUCAGCAAUCUCACCGCCGCCACACAGUCAAUGCCGGCCUCCCCUCCGCCUCCGCCUCCCUCUCAGCUGCAGCCGCCACCCUCUCUCCCUCAUCCGCCUAUGGCAAUGCGGCGAGUCAGCAUCUGACUGCUGCCACUCAGUUAAACGCCGGCCUCCCCUCCGCCUACGCCUCUCUUUCAGCUGCAGCCGCCACUCCCUCCCCCUCCUCCGCCUAUGGCAAUGCGGCGAGUGAGCAUCUCACCGCCGCCACACAGUUAAACACCGGCCUCCCCUCUGCCUAUGCCUCCCUUUCAGCUGCAGCCGCCACCCUCUCUCCCUCCUCCGCCUAUGGCAAUGCGAGUGAGCAUCUCACCGCCGCCACUCAGCAUCUCACUGCCGCCACCCAGUUAAACGCCGGCCCCCCCUCCGCCUACGCCUCUCUUUCAGCUGCAGCCGCCACUCCCUCCCCCUCCUCCGCCUAUGGCAAUGCGGCAAGUCAGCAUCUCACCGCCGCCACACAGUUAAACACCGGCCUCCCCUCCGCCUACACCUCCCUUUCAGCUGCAGCCGCCACCCUCUCUCCCUCCUCCGCCCUAUGGCAAUGCGAGUCAAUGCCGGCCUCCCCUCCGCCUCCGCCUCCCUCUCAGCUGCAGCCGCCACCCUCUCUCCCUCAUCCGCCUAUGGCAAUGCGGCGACUGCAGCCAGCCACCCUCUCUCCCUCCUCCGCCUAUGGCAAUGCGAGUGAGCAUCUCACCGCCGCCACUCAGGUCAAUGCCGGCCUCCCCUCCGCCUCCGCCUCCCUCUCAGCUGCAGCCGCCACCCUCUCUCCCUCAUCCGCCUAUGGCAAUGCGGCGAGUCAGCAUCUCACUGCCGCCACCCAGUUAAACGCCGGCCUCCCCUCCGCCUACGCCUCUCUUUCAGCUGCAGCCGCCACUUCCCUCCCCUCCUCCGCCUAUGGCAAUUGCGGCGAUCAGCAUCUCACCGCCGCCACACAGUUAAACACCGGCCUCCCCUCCGCCUACACCUCCCUUUCAGCUGCAGCCGCCACCCUCUCUCCCUCAUCCGCCUAUGGCAAUGCGGCGAGUCAGCAUCUCACUGCCGCCACCCAGUUAAACGCCGGCCCCCCCUCCGCCUACGCCUCUCUUUCAGCUGCAGCCGCCACUCCCUCCCCCUCCUCCGCCUAUGGCAAUGCGGCAAGUCAGCAUCUCACCGCCGCCACACAGUUAAACACCGGCCUCCCCUCCGCCUACACCUCCCUUUCAGCUGCAGCCGCCACCCUCUCUCCCUCCUCCGCCUAUGGCAAUGCGAGUGAGCAUCUCACCGCCGCCACUCAGGUCAAUGCCGGCCUCCCCUCCGCCUCCGCCUCCCUCUCAGCUGCAGCCGCCACCCUCUCUCCCUCAUCCGCCUAUGGCAAUGCGGCGAGUCAGCAUCUCACUGCCGCCACCCAGUUAAACGCCGGCCUCCCCUCCGCCUACGCCUCUCUUUCAGCUGCAGCCGCCACUCCCUCCCCCUCCUCCGCCUAUGGCAAUGCGGCGAGUGAGCAUCUCACCGCCGCCACUCAGUUAAACGCCGGCCUCCCCUCCGCCUACGCCUCUCUUUCAGCUGCAGCCGCCACUCCCUCCCCCUCCUCCGCCUAUGCAAUGCGGCAAGUCAAUGCCGGCCUCCCCUCCGCCUCCGCCUCCCUCUCAGCUGCAGCCGCCACCCUCUCUUCCCCAUCCGCCUAUGGCAAUGCGGCGAGUCAGCAUCUCACCGCCGCCACACAGUUAAACACCGGCCUCCCCUCCGCCUACGCCUCCCUUUCAGCUGCAGCCGCCACCCUCUCUCCCUCCUCCGCCUAUGGCAAUGCGAGUGAGCAUCUCACCGCCGCCACUCAGGUCAAUGCCGGCCUCCCCUCCGCCUCCGCCUCCCUCUCAGCUGCAGCCGCCACCCUCUCUCCCUCAUCCGCCUAUGGCAAUGCGGCGAGUCAGCAUCUGACUGCUGCCACUCAGUUAAACGCCGGCCUCCCCUCCGCCUACGCCUCUCUUUCAGCUGCAGCCGCCACUCCCUCCCCCUCCUCCGCCUAUGGCAAUGCGGCGAGUGAGCAUCUCACCGCCGCCACACAGUUAAACACCGGCCUCCCCUCUGCCUAUGCCUCCCUUUCAGCUGCAGCCGCCACCCUCUCUCCCUCCUCCGCCUAUGGCAAUGCGAGUGAGCAUCUCACCGCCGCCACUCAGGUCAAUGCCGGCCUCCCCUCCGCCUCCGCCUCCCUCUCAGCUGCAGCCGCCACCCUCUCUCCCUCAUCCGCCUAUGGCAAUGCGGCGAGUCAGCAUCUCACUGCCGCCACCCAGUUAAACGCCGGCCUCCCCUCCGCCUACGCCUCUCUUUCAGCUGCAGCCGCCACUCCCUCCCCCUCCUCCGCCUAUGGCAAUGCGGCAAGUCAGCAUCUCACCGCCGCCACACAGUUAAACACCGGCCUCCCCUCCGCCUACACCUCCCUUUCAGCUGCAGCCGCCACCCUCUCUCCCUCCUCCGCCUAUGGCAAUGCGAGUGAGCAUCUCACCGCCGCCACUCAGGUCAAUGCCGGCCUCCCCUCCGCCUCCGCCUCCCUCUCAGCUGCAGCCGCCACCCUCUCUCCCUCAUCCGCCUAUGGCAAUGCGGCGAGUCAGCAUCUCACUGCCGCCACCCAGUUAAACGCCGGCCUCCCCUCCGCCUACGCCUCUCUUUCAGCUGCAGCCGCCACUCCCUCCCCCUCCUCCGCCUAUGGCAAUGCGGCGAGUGAGCAUCUCACCGCCGCCACUCAGUUAAACGCCGGCCUCCCCUCCGCCUACGCCUCUCUUUCAGCUGCAGCCGCCACUCCCUCCCCCUCCUCCGCCUAUGGCAAUGCGGCAAGUCAGCAUCUCACCGCCGCCACACAGUUAAACACCGGCCUCCCCUCCGCCUACACCUCCCUUUCAGCUGCAGCCGCCACCCUCUCUCCCUCCUCCGCCUAUGGCAAUGCGAGUGAGCAUCUCACCGCCGCCACUCAGGUCAAUGCCGGCCUCCCCUCCGCCUCCGCCUCCCUCUCAGCUGCAGCCGCCACCCUCUCUCCCUCAUCCGCCUAUGGCAAUGCGGCGAGUCAGCAUCUCACUGCCGCCACCCAGUUAAAUGCCGGCCCCCCCUCCGCCUACGCCUCUCUUUCAGCUGCAGCCGCCACUCCCUCCCCCUCCUCCGCCUAUGGCAAUGCGGCAAGUCAGCAUCUCACCGCCGCCACACAGUUAAACACCGGCCUCCCCUCCGCCUACACCUCCCUUUCAGCUGCAGCCGCCACCCUCUCUCCCUCCUCCGCCUAUGGCAAUGCGAGUGAGCAUCUCACCGCCGCCACUCAGGUCAAUGCCGGCCUCCCCUCCGCCUCCGCCUCCCUCUCAGCUGCAGCCGCCACCCUCUCUCCCUCAUCCGCCUAUGGCAAUGCGGCGAGUCAGCAUCUCACUGCCGCCACCCAGUUAAACGCCGGCCUCCCCUCCGCCUACGCCUCUCUUUCAGCUGCAGCCGCCACUCCCUCCCCCUCCUCCGCCUAUGGCAAUGCGGCGACUGCAGCCGCCACUCCCUCCCCCUCCUCCGCCUAUGGCAAUGCGGCAAGUCAGCAUCUCACCGCCGCCACACAGUUAAACACCGGCCUCCCCUCCGCCUACACCUCCCUUUCAGCUGCAGCCGCCACCCUCUCUCCCUCAUCCGCCUAUGGCAAUGCGGCGACUGCAGCCGCCACUCCCUCCCCCUCCUCCGCCUAUGGCAAUGCGGCAAGUCAGCAUCUCACCGCCGCCACACAGUUAAACACCGGCCUCCCCUCCGCCUACACCUCCCUUUCAGCUGCAGCCGCCACCCUCUCUCCCUCCUCCGCCUAUGGCAAUGCGAGUGAGCAUCUCACCGCCGCCACUCAGGUCAAUGCCGGCCUCCCCUCCGCCUCCGCCUCCCUCUCAGCUGCAGCCGCCACCCUCUCUCCCUCAUCCGCCUAUGGCAAUGCGGCGAGUCAGCAUCUCACUGCCGCCACCCAGUUAAACGCCGGCCUCCCCUCCGCCUACGCCUCUCUUUCAGCUGCAGCCGCCACUCCCUCCCCCUCCUCCGCCUAUGGCAAUGCGGCGAGUGAGCAUCUCACCGCCGCCACUCAGUUAAACGCCGGCCUCCCCUCCGCCUACGCCUCUCUUUCAGCUGCAGCCGCCACUCCCUCCCCCUCCUCCGCCUAUGGCAAUGCGGCAAGUCAGCAUCUCACCGCCGCCACACAGUUAAACACCGGCCUCCCCUCCGCCUACACCUCCCUUUCAGCUGCAGCCGCCACCCUCUCUCCCUCAUCCGCCUAUGGCAAUGCGGCGAGUCAGCAUCUCACUGCCGCCACCCAGUUAAACGCCGGCCCCCCCUCCGCCUACGCCUCUCUUUCAGCUGCAGCCGCCACUCCCUCCCCCUCCUCCGCCUAUGGCAAUGCGGCAAGUCAGCAUCUCACCGCCGCCACACAGUUAAACACCGGCCUCCCCUCCGCCUACACCUCCCUUUCAGCUGCAGCCGCCACCCUCUCUCCCUCCUCCGCCUAUGGCAAUGCGAGUGAGCAUCUCACCGCCGCCACUCAGGUCAAUGCCGGCCUCCCCUCCGCCUCCGCCUCCCUCUCAGCUGCAGCCGCCACCCUCUCUCCCUCAUCCGCCUAUGGCAAUGCGGCGAGUCAGCAUCUCACUGCCGCCACCCAGUUAAACGCCGGCCUCCCCUCCGCCUACGCCUCUCUUUCAGCUGCAGCCGCCACUCCCUCCCCCUCCUCCGCCUAUGGCAAUGCGGCGAGUGAGCAUCUCACCGCCGCCACUCAGUUAAACGCCGGCCUCCCCUCCGCCUACGCCUCCCUUUCAGCUGCAGCCGCCACCCUCUCUCCCUCCUCCGCCUAUGGCAAUGCGAGUGAGCAUCUCACCGCCGCCACUCAGGUCAAUGCCGGCCUCCCCUCCGCCUCCGCCUCCCUCUCAGCUGCAGCCGCCACCCUCUCUCCCUCAUCCGCCUAUGGCAAUGCGGCGAGUCAGCAUCUCACUGCCGCCACCCAGUUAAACGCCGGCCUCCCCUCCGCCUACGCCUCUCUUUCAGCUGCAGCCGCCACUCCCUCCCCCUCCUCCGCCUAUGGCAAUGCGGCGAGUGAGCAUCUCACCGCCGCCACUCAGUUAAACGCCGGCCUCCCCUCCGCCUACGCCUCCCUUUCAGCUGCAGCCGCCACCCUCUCUCCCUCCUCCGCCUAUGGCAAUGCGGCAAGUCAUCAUCUCAACGCCGCCACUCAGUUAAACACCGGCCUCCCCUCCGCCUACACCUCCCUUUCAGCUGCAGCCGCCACCCUCUCUCCCUCAUCCGCCUAUGGCAAUGCGGCGACUGCAGCCGCCACUCCCUCCCCCUCCUCCGCCUAUGGCAAUGCGGCAAGUCAGCAUCUCACCGCCGCCACACAGUUAAACACCGGCCUCCCCUCCGCCUACACCUCCCUUUCAGCUGCAGCCGCCACCCUCUCUCCCUCAUCCGCCUAUGGCAAUGCGGCGAGUCAGCAUCUCACUGCCGCCACCCAGUUAAACGCCGGCCCCCCCUCCGCCUACGCCUCUCUUUCAGCUGCAGCCGCCACUCCCUCCCCCUUCCUCCGCCUAUGGCAAUGCGGCAAGUCAGCAUCUCACCGCCGCCACACAGUCAAUGCCGGCCUCCCCUCCGCCUCCGCCUCCCUCUCAGCUGCAGCCGCCACCCUCUCUCCCUCAUCCGCCUAUGGCAAUGCGGCGAGUCAGCAUCUCACUGCCGCCAACCCACUGCAGCCGCCCACCCUCUCUCCCUCCUCCGCCUAUGGCAAUGCGAGUGAGCAUCUCACCGCCGCCACUCAGGUCAAUGCCGGCCUCGCCCUCCGCCUCCGCCUCCCUCUCAGCUGCAGCCGCCACCCUCUCUCCCUCAUCCGCCUAUGGCAAUGCGCGAGUCAGCAUCUCACUGCCGCCACCCAGUUAAACGCCGGCCUCCCCUCCGCCUACGCCUCUCUUUCAGCUGCAGCCGCCACUCCCUCCCCCUCCUCCGCCUAUGGCAAUGCGGCGAGUGAGCAUCUCACCGCCGCCACUCAGUUAAACGCCGGCCCUCCCUCCGCCUACGCAUCCCUUUCAGCUGCAGCCGCCACCCUCUCUCCCUCCUCCGCCUAUGGCAAUGCGGCAAGUCAUCAUCUCAACGCCGCCACUCAGUUAAACACCGGCCUCCCCUCCGCCUACACCUCCCUUUCAGCUGCAGCCGCACCCUCUCUCCCUCAUCCGCCUAUGGCAAUGCGGCGAGUCAGCAUCUCACUGCCAGCCACCCAGUCAAUGCCGGCCUCCCCUCCGCCUCCGCCUCCCUCUCAGCUGCAGCCGCCACCCUCUCUCCUCAUCCGCCUAUGGCAAUGCGGCGAGUCAGCAUCUCACUGCCGCCACCCAGUUAAACGCCGGCCUCCCCUCCGCCUACGCCUCUCUUUCAGCUGCAGCCGCCACUUCCCUCCCCCUCCUCCGCCUAUGGCAAUGCGGCGAGUGAGCAUCUCACCGCCGCCACUCAGUUUAAACGCCGGCCUCCCCUCCGCCUACGCCUCCCUUUCAGCUGCAGCCGCCACCCUCUCUCCCUCCUCCGCCUAUGGCAAUGCGAGUGAGCAUCUCACCGCCGCCACUCAGCAUCUCACUGCCGCCACCCAGUUAAACGCCGGCCUCCCCUCCGCCUACGCCUCUCUUUCAGCUGCAGCCGCCACUCCCUCCCCCUCCUCCGCCUAUGGCAAUGCGGCGAGUGAGCAUCUCACCGCCGCCACUCAGUUAAACGCCGGCCUCCCCUCCGCCUACGCCUCCCUUUCAGCUGCAGCCGCCACCCCUCUCUCCCUCCUCCGCCUAUGGCAAUGCGGCAAGUCAUCAUCUCAACGCCGCCACUCAGUUAAACCCCGCAUGCCUCAGAUCCGCACUCGAGCCAGUUCAGCCUUCCUGCACUUCUUCCUCCCGACCUGA